AUGGCACAGAAGUCCACUGGACUCAUGAUGGUCAGAGCUCAGGGAGACUCCACACAACUACAAGGUUCAAGAUAUUAUCACAGGACAGAAGAGGAGAAUAGGAGGCUGAAUUCUAUCCUGAAGAGCUUUGUACCUCCUGUCUCCUGCAGGCCCCUGGGCCAGCAUCAUGAUACCAACUGCCUUCAUCAGCAUUCAUGUCUGGACCCCUCCUGUGAGGUGUAUAAGAACACAAUCGCUGAGCUCAGUCCGCUGCCAUUGCCAGAGGCCCUGGAAGAUUCUCCUGCCUCUGUGUUCCCUCUGGCUUCCACAGCUCCUGUGACUCAACCAUCAUUCAUUCAGUCUCCUGCCUCCUCAGCAGACCCUCCAAGAGGCCUAAUCCCACUUCAUCUGCCUGAGCCUCUCCCACCGGCCCCCUCUCUUAUCUCCCCCAACCCAAGGACCCCCUUGGGUAAAUUUUUCUCACCUUCACCACCGGCUCAAACUCUACCUCUAGAGCCUUUUCCUCCCUUGGAGUCCAAAUUCCCAGUGCACCAUUCUGCACCUCAGCCAAAAGACUCAUUCUCUUCGAACCUGGCACAACGUAAUUGCCAUCUAGAGUCUCCUGCCCUCCAUUCUACAAAGACUUCUUUUGCGGGAGACGCUGCUGCCAAACUUAUAGAUCCUAGACGCUUGCUGUUUCUCGGCCCUGAUGAGCAUGACUCGGUACAGCAGGACUCAUAUCCUAAGAGCAGGGAGGACCAUUUAAAGCAAAAACUUGUCCAGCUUUUCUGGGGUCUUCCAUCUCUGCACAGUGAGUCCUUGUCCUCUGCUCUCCAUGCCUUGGGUGACUGUUCCUCAAUCUUCGUUUUCAAUAGCAUUUCUAAUGCCUCUACAGGCCAGGAAUCCCCAGUACUUCCUUAUCUCCUACCUCCUUCCUUGCUCACAGUCCAAUCCCAGCCCCUGCCUAAAACCCUGCCCCAAUCCCAGCCCCUACCUCUCACUCAGAUCCAACCCCAGGCCCACCUUCAGCCCCCACUCCCCAUCCUACCAUCCAGUCCUGUACCCCAGAAUAGGAUCUGUGGAGUACAGUUCCAUGGACCCCAGAAUGAAUUAGACUGUCUCACCUCAUCUGAAAUGCAAUGCCUAGAGUGGAAUGUGUUGCAGAAGAUACAAGGAAGUUUAUGGGGCUUGCCCUCCAUUGUUCAAAAGUCUAGGGAAGACUUCUGUCCUUCAGCUCCCACCCUUCCUCACAGGCAGCCCUGUAAGGCCUAUGUUCCAAUCUCCAUCGCUCCUGGAGAUUUUCCUGUCAGCAGUGAACUUCGAGAGAAAUUUGAGCAUCACCUUCAAAAGAGGCUCAUCCAACACAGGUGGGGCCUGCCCCACAGGAUCCUCGAAUCUCUGUCACUGAUGAAGCCUCGAAAGUACCGCAAAGACAUAUGUGAGUCAAGGAGCUGUUACGGCCUCUCAUGGAUCUCUGCCUAUAAGAGCCAGAGCAGCCAACCCGGAAGCUUCCAUGAGUGGGGCCCAGAAAUGUUUCAGCAAGAGGAGGAUGAGGGGACAGAUGAAGGAGACAGCCAAGACAGUGAUGCAAAAGGUUCGUCGAGUGACUCAGAGAGCUCUGCAGAUACGAACUCGGGCUCUGACUCUGAGAAGGACCUAGCCACAAUGAGUCGGUCGGAAGAAAACUCAGUGGUGGCAGGGCUGAGCAAAAGUUCGAGGGAACUGGCAGAGCUCCUGCAAGUACAUGUGAGCAGGAAGUUUGAGGAGAUCAGUGAGGGUCAGCUGCCCGAGACUGUGCAUGGUUCCUGGCACGCCAUUGAGGAGACUCGUUCUGUAAAAUCCGACCAUGAAGGAAAACAGAGUACUUUGCUGCCAUCAGUGAAUGGGGACUUCUACUUGAAUACAUCUCAGGAGCUUUCUUUCCUUGAGCCUGGUGCACAGAAGAUGCUGGAAGCUCAUAUUACCGACCUUCGUACAGGGACAUUGCAGGACCUUCCCUCCAAAUUCCUUGAAAUAAGAGAAAUCUUUAAAUUGAAAGAGACUUCAUCCCACUCCUCGUUCCAUCGCCACUCUUCCUCCUCAACUAACCUGACUUCAAUGGUGAACUUCAAAUCUGGGGGCAGCAUGCCCUUGAGGGGAAGCCCUAAAUCCCUUCAUGGAGAAAACGUAAACGUGGGCACAGAAAACUCAGCCAGUGUCCUGAAUUCUUCUCUUUCUGCCACCUCACUUGUGGGCAAGGAAGGACAGGGCACCCUGAGACAAUCACCCUCUGACAUCAAACACCGGCUUAUAGAAGAGAUUCAGACCAUUAGGCAGACUCUUCUGCCUGUCACAAACAGCAACCGUGUCAAAACAAGUCAGACACAUCUUCCAACAGCAAACACUCACCCCCCAGAGCUGCCUGCAAGGCGAGCUGGGGACAGACACGACCCAGAGGACAAGAACGCGAACACUAGCAACAAAACAGAAAUGCAACUGGGCAGAAAUAGGAAGGAGAAAGCAGAACCUGCUGCCACGUACAACACGUCCAGGGAGAUAGUCAAGGCUGAGGAGCUUAGUGCUCUUCAGUACAAAACCAGUGACAGCUCGGAAAAUAAAACGCCAGGAGCUUCCCAAAAAAUAAAUGUGAAUAAGACCACAGGAACAACUGACUUAGGAUCUGACUUAGACCCUGAGUCAUCAGACUCUAACAAUGAUGAGUUAAAGUCUAAAGUGGAGAAGAGAGAGAAUGGACAGACCCAAGGCCAACCCACUGACAUGUCCCAUGAGACUAACCAAGCCUCCCUGCCUGGUGCCCAGGGUGUCUCCGGUGUGGACAUGGCAGCUGCCCAGGUGCUGCACGUCCCCUUGGGGGAGCAAACAGUCAGUGUGGAGAAACAGCAGGAGCCUUGGGUCCCUGAGCUGACCUCAAGGUUGUGUCCAGAUAAGAAUUGCCCACCAGCUUUAAAGAAAGUAAGCGCCAAAGACUCCAAGUCACAGGAGCUUGGUGGAGGGGAUGCAGGGGUGGUAACAUCCCAACCUGGAAGAAGGAGAUUACCUACUCAGGUGGCAUUAGAGAAGACAGUUGGGAUCAAGUCUUCCCAGACCCUGUCAGAGAAGAGACAGUGUACUCCCGAUAGUCUUUUUAUUAAUAAACUGAAGGUUUUUUUCCAAAAACUUCUACCUUGGCCAAACAGCAAAAAUCACGAAGACCCCCAGCUGAAGGGCAGCCCCAGGUCACCUGCACAGAGCAGAGGCCCAGUAAGGAGCAGGGCUGCCUUUAUGGGGAUGACAGAAACCCAGAAAACCAUGUCAGACAUUGGGAAGUUCCCAGAGGAGAGACUGGGGCCUCGGCACCCAGGAAACACCGCCUGCCCUCAGGAGCCCCUUCCACGUGCCGUGAGGUUUGAGACAGUGCAGCAGAGGAAAGCAGCGUGGACCCAGGUGGAACCUGUACAGCGGCCUGCUCUCAACCCCAGGCCUCCAGCCUGUCAUCAGUCUUGCCGCCAAGCAGCUGUCUUUGCUGGUCAAACCCCUACAAGUGUCGUAUACACUAGGAAUGAAGGCAGACACCCGCAGCAAGAUGGGGCAUUAAAGGACCAGCGCUUAUAUCAGCAGCGCACCCGAUCUCUGCCCUGCAGGGGGACUGUGACCCAUCACCCAAACCCCACCUGCAGGCCUCACCCUGCCCAGGGGCCGCCUGCUGCUCCCACCACUGCACAAGGCACUGUGUUCAGACGUCCAUAUCUGUUUCUUACACCCAAAUUGCUUGUGUAG